AACUCACUAAGUAUAAAUUCUCUCCUUCAUUUUCUUUUAAAAAAAUAAAUAAAUAAACACACAAUCCCUCCACCUUCCUCCUUUUAAUAUUUAAUUCUUUCCUUCAUUUUCAAUUAUAGCAUUUUGCGAUGAUGGAAAACAAAAUGUUGUUUUCAAAGCUUCCAAUUUUCAUUGCACUCUUCAUUCUUCUCUCUCUGUCCCCAACACCAGCUUUCGCGGCCAUAAAGUCAUAUGUUGUGUACAUGGGAGGUCAUUCACAUGAUGGUCGAAAAAUGACAGAGGAAGUUCUCGAUAAGGUCACAGAUUCUCACUACCAAUUUCUUGGAUCAUUCCUCGGAAGUACACAGAAAGCCAAAGAUUCCAUAUUUUACUCAUAUAGAGGAUACAUCAAUGGAUUUGCCGCAGUGCUUGACGAGGAGCAGGUGACUAAAAUUUCAAAGGAUCCAAAGGUUGUUUCUGUUUUUGAAAAUAAAAUGAGACAGUUGCACACAACAAAGUCUUGGAAUUUUCUUUCACUAGAAAAUAACGAUGGUUCUGUUGACUCGAAUUCCUUGUGGAAGAAGGCUAGGUAUGGAGAAGACAUCAUUAUAGGAAAUCUUGACACUGGUGUGACGCCUGAAUUAGAGAGCUUUAGUGACAAAGGAUAUGGACCCGUUCCAAAAAAAUGGAAUGGAAUAUGUCAAAAUGACACCAAAGGUCCAUUCCCUUGCAAUAAAAAACUUAUCGGAGCUAGGUACUUUUACAAAGGAUUUGUUGCUAAUAAGAAGAUUAAAGACCGUUCCAAUUUCACUGCCCGAGACUCGGAUGGCCACGGAACUCAUACACUAUCAACGGCAGGUGGGAACUUUGUCCCCGGAGCAAAUGUACUCGGCUCUGGCAAUGGAAUUGCAAAAGGUGGUGCACCUAGAGCCCGAGUGGCUGCAUAUAAGGUAUGCUGGGAGGGAGGAUGCCCUGACGCGGACAUCCUCAAAGCCAUUGAUCAGGCCAUACGUGACGGCGUUGACGUGAUUUCAGCAUCGCUUGGUGGAAACCCCAAUGACUACUUCGAUGACUCCCUUUCAAUCGGGUCAUUCCAUGCUGCUAAGCAUGGCAUAGUAUUCGUGGUUUCAGCCGGGAAUGCUGGACCCACAGAUGGUACUGUCUCCAAUGUUGCGCCCUGGUUGCUAACCGUUGGAGCGAGCACCAUGGAUCGUAACCUUUUUGUUGACGUUGAGCUUGCUAAUGGAGUGCGCCUCAAGGGAGUCGGUGUUUUUAAACCAGUGCGACAAGAAAGACCCAUUCUGAUUCUUACCGGGGCACAGGCUAAAGCUGCCAAGGCUAUUACAACAGAAGCUAUGCUGUGUAAGGAGGGGACGCUGGAUCCUCAGAAGGUUAAGGGUAAGAUCGUGGUGUGUCUUAGGGGUGAUAACGCGAGAGCGGACAAGAGUUUUCAGGCUGCUCGUGCAGGUGCUGUGGGAAUGAUUCUUUGCAACGAUAAGAUAGAUGGUAAUGAAAUCGUAACUGACGCUCACAUCAUUCCGUCUUCACAUGUCAAUUACACAGCUGGUCUUGCUCUUUUUGCCUUCAUCAACUCUACCAAGGAUCCGCAGGCUACUAUUAAGGAUACAAUAACACAACUCUACACAAAACCUGCUCCAGUCAUGGCUGCUUUCUCCUCCAAGGGUCCAAACACUGUUACACCAGAGAUCCUCAAGCCUGAUAUCACUGCACCAGGAGUAAGUGUGCUAGCUGCAUAUGGAUUACAUGUAGAAGAGUUUGAUAAGCAAACCAUUUUUCCCUUUAACUUUGAAUCUGGAACAUCCAUGUCUUGUCCUCAUGUUUCUGGUAUUGCCGCCCUUCUCAAAGCAAUCCACCCUGAUUGGAGUCCCGCUGCUAUUAGAUCCGCAAUCAUGACCACCGCAAGCACAAUAGACAACACUGGCAGUCCAAUCUUAAAUGGUUCUAAUGUGAAGGCAACACCAUUCAGUUACGGUGCUGGACACGUACAGCCAAACCUUGCUGCAGAACCUGGCUUGGUUUAUGACUUGAAAAUUAAGGAUUACAACAACUUCCUUUGUGCACUUGGAUAUGAAAAAAGUAAGACUCAGCCAUUUUCGAAGGCUCUUGUAUGUCCGGAAUCUACCAAUCCUCUCAGUAUCUUAAACCUAAACUAUCCUUCAAUAACUGUCCCCAAACUCUCCGGCUCAGUCACCGUGAAUCGAACACUGAAGAAUGUUGGCCCACCGGGCGUCUAUAAAGCUCGUGUUCUUUCACCACAGGGAUUUUCAGUUAUAGUUAAACCAGAUGUUAUGAAAUUUAAGAAGCCUGGUGAACAAAUCACAUUUUAUGUGACAUUGAAAGAAGAUCAGAAAACGAAAAAACCUGGUAAUUACAAAGGCUAUUCAUUUGGACAGUUAAUAUGGUCAGAUGGAGUACAUAAAGUCAGGAGUUCGAUUGUCGUUGCUGUAAAUGCCCCUGAAACCACCGACGAACUUUAACUCUACCCUCAUAUGACUUGGUCGUUAUAGAUAUAAACCAAGUGAUUUGAAUAAAACAAUUAAACAUGGUGAUGCAGAGCAUUCGAAGCUACACUCGAUUAGACGGCUACCCUAAAGGGUUGCAAUCAAAUAAGGAUGUUAUGGCUGCGGCAUUAAUGUUUUUGCAGAGAUUUUUUGUAUUUUGAAGAGAGAUUGUGUUUUCUUAGUUAUAAAGUUCUCUUAGAUAUUUUGUACUUCGUUAGUUGUUAUGGAAGCUUAUGAAUGAAAGAAGCUUUAUUAAGGGAGCUUAGUCAUAAAGGAUAUUUGUAUUUCUUUAGCGGUUAAGGAAA